GGCCGCGCUGUCUGCCUCUCCUCCGCCUCCUCCUCGUGGAGCGCGAACGCGUGAGGCCAGUUCCGGGGAUGUGAGAGCCGAAGCCCCUCGGCUGCCAGGCACCGAGUCGGGUCGGGAUUUGCCAGCGGGGCUCCGGCUCCAGCCCUGCGAGCUCGGCUCGCACCCGAGCAACCCAGGCCCGACAGCGAGUUCGGGCGGGACGGCGGCCGCCGCACGCCCAGACUCGGCUUCGCCGCGCGCCCAGAAGAUGAAUCCGGCCUCAGCGCCUCCGCUCCCGCCACCCGGGCAGCAAGUGAUCCACGUCACGCAGGACCUAGACACCGACCUCGAAGCCCUCUUCAACUCGGUCAUGAACCCCAAACCUAGCUCGUGGCGGAAGAAGAUCUUGCCCGAGUCGUUCUUCAAGGAGCCUGACUCUGGCUCGCACUCGCGCCAGUCGAGCACCGACUCGUCCGGCGGCCACCCGGGGCCCCGGCUGGCCGGCGGCGCCCAGCACGUCCGCUCGCACUCGUCGCCGGCGUCCCUGCAGCUGGGCACCGGCGCGGGCGCGGCGGGCAGCCCCGCGCAGCAGCACGCGCACCUCCGCCAGCAGUCCUACGACGUGACCGACGAGCUGCCGCUGCCUCCGGGCUGGGAGAUGACCUUCACGGCCACUGGCCAGAGGUACUUCCUCAAUCACAUAGAAAAAAUCACCACAUGGCAAGACCCUAGGAAGGCGAUGAAUCAGCCCCUGAAUCACAUGAACCUCCACCCCGCUGCCACUUCCACACCAGCGCCCCAGAGGUCCAUGGCCCUGUCUCAGCCAAAUCUCGUGAUGAGCCGCCAGCACGCGCAGCCAAUGGCGCCCGGCACCCUGAGCCCGCAGAGCCACCCUGCCCAGAGCCCUGCGGCCGGGCUGAUGGCCGCGCCCAGCGCGCUGACCACCCAACAGCAGCACCAGCAGAAACUGCGGCUCCAGAGGAUCCAGAUGGAGAGGGAAAGGAUCCGCGUGCGGCAGGAGGAGCUCAUGAGGCAGGAAGCUGCUCUCUGUAGACAGCUCCCCAUGGAAGCUGAGAGUCUGGCCGCAGUUCAGGCUGCUGUCAACCCGCCAGCCGUGACCCCAGACAUGAGAUCCAUCACUAAUAAUAGCUCGGACCCUUUCCUCAAUGGAGGGCCAUAUCAUUCAAGGGAGCAGAGCACUGACAGUGGCUUGGGGCUGGGGUGCUACAGUGUCCCCACAACUCCAGAGGACUUCCUCAGCAAUGUGGACGAGAUGGACACAGGAGAAAACGCAGGGCAGACACCCAUGAGCAUCAAUCCUCAGCAGACCCGUUUCCCUGAUUUUCUUGACUGUCUUCCAGGAACAAAUGUUGACCUAGGAACUUUGGAAUCUGAAGAUCUGAUCCCCCUCUUCAAUGACGUAGAGUCUGCUCUGAACAAAAGCGAGCCCUUUCUAACCUGGCUGUAAUCAGUACCUUUGUGCCUUGAAUGCAGCUGUGACUUGACAUUUCCUGGGCCUCUUGGAAAAAGCCGUGGAGCAGAGAGGUCUGCAGGUGUACCACUCCUGCCCCCAUGACUCCUGCUCCCUACUUUCCGUGUGGCCAGUUUAAUCAUUGCCUGGAUUUGAUUGACAGUAACUUAAGUUAAACAUAAAUAAAUACUCUGUUUUCAUUUUCUGCAAGCCUGCAUUCCUGCGAUGGGUUAUGCAGAAUUGCGUCUCUGUUUUUCUCUCUGCUGCCCCAUGACUAAGCUUUAUGGGUGUGAGUUGAAAUUUACACAUAACUUGAUUUUAUAAACCAUAAAAAGCCGACCACAGGCAGUGACUUCUGACAGGCGGCUUGGUCCAGGAAAUGUACACUAAAUUAUACCCGAUUGACAGUUUCAAAAACUGUAUUGAUGACAGUAGUACCAAAUGCUUUAAAAAAUAUUUAACUCGAGCCUCAAAAAUCAUUGCAUCGCUGGUAAAAUUCUGCUGUAUGGAAUACGGUAUAGUUUGGGAUCCAUGCUGGUUCUGACAGUUCUUAUGCUUUGUAUUUACAAAGGCACACACAGUCCUAUUGUAGUUUAUCUUUCAUCAUUUUAUUGCAUAUUAUCUAAACAACUAGUCCUUCCAGCAGGUGAGAGCAGCAUAAACCACUGUUCCUACAGUACAGCUCUUAUGAAGGAAACCAGCUCAGUACUAAUUAUGAGCAUUUAUUAAACAGAACUUGAAAAUUGCAAGUUGGAUUUUUGCAGCUUAGAACUUGAUGUCUAUUUUAUAAAGCACUAUGAUUUUGUAGCCGAUGACAAAGGGCAGCCAAAUUUUUUUUGAUGAAUCUGUGGCAACUGUAUUUUUCUCUUUUGAAACUGUUCUGAAAACAUCAGAGCAACGUAGCUUUCAACCUGAUGUACACACAGUAAGCUGUUGCUUUUUAAAUUCUGAAAGCUCGUUAGUUUUGCUUUCAAGAUUUUAAGUGUUUAAACUAAUCUCAUCUAUGAAACUGUAGGAUGAAGCAGAUCUCUGACUGACGUGUAAAAAAAUGCCCCCGAGGUUGUAUGGUGGAGACAUAUGUUUCUGAUUCAGUAAAAUUGAUUCUUAAGUAUAUUAUCCUAACGCUGUUUGCUACAGUUGGUAUAAAAAGGCAUGAAAUAUGUACUCAAUACCUCUUAUGUAACCAAAAACGUUUUGUAUGAGCUUCUAAGGACUGAGAGAGCAUCAGGUUUACCUGGCAUGCACUCUGCCUGCAUGGCCAAUGAAGUCCUCAACUGUUUAAUAUUUUGAACUGACAUUAUUUAUAAUCUAUGAGUUUAGUAUCUUUUUUGAAAGACAUUAAUAAUUCAGGUCUCUGAGAGGAACCUUUCAAUUCCCAAUGGGGCCUAUUUGUUGGGGAUCUUAGAUAAGAUCCUUUUCGAUCUACCAGAGCACAGACAGGCAGAAUACAUUUUAUCUUGUUGGAAAGAAGGCAAGUGUCAAGGUCAGAGAUGAAGUAGUAAAGUUAUGGGAUAUGGUGGAAAGGAUACUAGUUGUGGGAUGGAAAUAGAUAAGUUAAAGUGCCCCAGAAGCAAGACAAGCAGGAGGUUCACGAGAGGUAACCUGAAAGAACAAAGCAACAGUUUUCUACUACAUCCUUUAUAUCAAAAGACUGUUGCAGCAGAAAAGAAGGCUUUGGUGCACUUUAUGUGGGAGAUGGAGGGGUAGGGAUGACGUCGCCUUGUCCAUGAUGCUGAGCAUGUCUGUGGACAAGAGCAUAAACCUACUGUGGCUUCCAACACAAUGAAGUGAUUUCUUUCCCCUGAAGGACCUGUGGUUCCUCUGAUUCCUUCUCUUUCUAAAUGCUGAGAGAGACGGGUGGAUGUGUGUGUUGCUAUUAAAUUAAAGGGAGCACUAUUUUGGUUUCUCUUUGUUAGCAAUUACUGCAAGAAGAGUUGUACAUUCUUUAUAAGGAUGGAAAAAACCAAAAAAACAAGGGACCUAACAAAACUGAGCAGUGUUACUGUAUUUUAAAAAAGUAUUUUUGUAGACUCCUUUUCAGGUUAUUAAAUGUA